AGCCCAGCCUCUGUGGUUCUUAAUGCCUCAGCAGGAUUAUUUUCACUAAAGAUGGAAACACUGGAGUCUGAAUUGACCUGUCCAAUCUGCCUCGAGUUAUUUGAAGAUCCCCUUCUGCUCCCUUGUGCUCAUAGCCUCUGCUUCAGCUGCGCCCACCGCAUCUUGGUCUCCAGCUGCAGCUCUGGUGAAUCCAUAGAACCCAUUACCGCUUUCCAGUGUCCCACGUGCAGGUAUGUUAUCUCGCUGAACCACCGGGGUCUGGAUGGCCUCAAGAGGAAUGUGACCCUGCAGAACAUUAUUGACCGUUUCCAGAAGGCUUCAGUCAGUGGGCCCAAUUCCCCAAGUGAGAGCCGCCGGGAGAGGACUUAUAGGCCCAGCACCACCAUGUCUAGUGAGCGAAUUGCUUGCCAGUUCUGUGAGCAGGACCCGCCAAGGGAUGCAGUGAAAACCUGCAUCACCUGUGAGGUCUCCUACUGUGACCGUUGCCUGCGGGCCACACACCCCAACAAGAAACCUUUCACCAGCCACCGCCUGGUAGAACCAGUGCCAGACACACAUCUUCGAGGGAUCACCUGCCUGGACCAUGAGAAUGAGAAAGUGAACAUGUAUUGUGUAUCUGAUGACCAAUUGAUCUGUGCCUUAUGCAAACUGGUUGGGCGUCACCGAGACCAUCAGGUUGCAUCCCUGAAUGAUCGAUUUGAGAAACUCAAGCAAACUCUGGAGAUGAAUCUCACCAACCUGGUUAAGCGCAACAGUGAACUAGAAAAUCAGAUGGCCAAACUAAUACAGAUCUGUCAGCAGGUUGAGGUGAAUACUGCUAUGCAUGAGGCAAAACUUAUGGAAGAAUGUGACGAGUUGGUAGAGAUCAUCCAGCAGAGGAAGCAAAUGAUUGCUGUCAAAAUCAAAGAGACAAAGGUUAUGAAACUGAGAAAGUUGGCACAGCAAGUUGCUAAUUGCCGCCAGUGUCUCGAACGAUCAACAGUUCUCAUCAACCAAGCUGAGCAUAUCCUGAAAGAAAAUGACCAAGCACGGUUUCUCCAGUCUGCAAAAAAUAUUGCUGAGCGGGUGGCUAUGGCAACUGUAUCUUCUCAAGUUCUGAUUCCAGACAUCAAUUUUAAUGAUGCCUUUGAAAACUUUGCGUUAGAUUUUUCCAGAGAAAAGAAACUUCUGGAGGGGCUAGAUUAUUUAACAGCCCCAAACCCACCAUCUAUCCGAGAGGAACUCUGUACUGCCUCCCAUGACACCAUUACAGUCCACUGGAUCUCGGAUGAUGAGUUCAGCAUCAGCUCCUAUGAGCUUCAGUACACCAUAUUCACUGGCCAGGCUAACUUCAUCAGCCUGUAUAAUUCAGUGGAUAGCUGGAUGAUUGUGCCCAACAUUAAACAGAACCAUUAUACAGUACAUGGACUGCAGAGUGGGACGCGCUACAUCUUCAUUGUUAAAGCCAUAAACCAAGCAGGCAGCCGGAACAGUGAACCUACCCGACUAAAAACAAACAGCCAACCCUUUAAACUGGAUCCCAAAAUGACUCACAAGAAGUUGAAGAUCUCUAAUGAUGGACUGCAGAUGGAGAAGGAUGAGAGCUCUCUGAAAAAGAGUCAUACCCCAGAGAGGUUUAGUGGCACAGGGUGCUAUGGGGCCGCAGGAAAUAUAUUCAUUGACAGUGGCUGCCACUACUGGGAAGUGGUCAUGGGUUCCUCGACAUGGUAUGCAAUUGGUAUUGCCUACAAAUCAGCUCCCAAGAAUGAGUGGAUUGGCAAGAACGCUUCCUCAUGGGUCUUCUCCCGAUGCAACAGUAACUUCGUAGUGAGACAUAACAACAAGGAAAUGUUGGUGGAUGUACCCCCGCAGUUGAAACGUCUGGGUGUCCUUCUGGAUUAUGACAACAACAUGCUGUCUUUCUAUGACCCAGCUAACUCUCUCCAUCUUCAUACUUUUGAUGUGACCUUCAUUUUGCCAGUUUGUCCAACAUUCACAAUCUGGAACAAAUCCCUAAUGAUCCUGUCUGGCUUGCCUGCCCCAGAUUUUAUUGAUUACCCUGAGCGUCAGGAAUGCAACUGCAGGCCUCAAGAAUCCCCUUAUGUUUCUGGGAUGAAAGCUUGCCAUUAAGUUUCAAGAGGGCAUAGAAUUCACUGGCUCUCCAGUUCAGCAGUUCUUCCCUCCUAAACUUCAGUUAGUGUUCGAUAUAUUAGAUACAAAAUAAAGUUUAUUUGAAGCAUCCCAAAUAA